GGGUUCAUCUGUGCACAUCUAAGUCUCCACCCAGGACCCUUCAUUUAAGGGCCAGGUGCCAAAGCCCAGAACUAAUCGAUUAACCGGGGCCAAGGGAGAGGGUUCUGCCUCGGGUAUGGUGCCGAUGGGAUAUUUGUGCCUCCCUCCUUGCUCUGGCUCAGAGUGGCCUUAAAAGCACUUAAAAGGGAAAAAGGGGGCCCUUUGCUGGUACCCCAUUUCUGUGUGGCAGAGAGGAGGAUACAGUUCUCAUUCUCAGCCUCUCCAAGCCCUAUGGGCACCACAUUGUCCUUGGGACUUUGGGGUUGACAAAAAAAGAAAGUUCCAGUUCUAAUCUGGGUACAACUGCCUAUCCCUGCAUGUCUGUCACAGGACACCCCACUCCCCCGCUCCUCCCCCACCGCCAGUCUCCCUUUUCUGCAAGGCAGGGUUGGGGAAGACAAAGCUGUCUCCCAAGGCCCUGUGCACCUUGCUUCUAGUCUUUGGUGGUUUAACAUGCCUAGCAGCCUCUCCCUCUUUGAGGUGGGGACUUUGUCUCAGCUCCUGGGGAGGCUCUUAGUGUGUAUGAGACACUGAGAGUCCCAGGAUGUGUGAACCCCAGCUGGGGAGACCCAUCUGGCUGGUGGGCCUGGACAUCAAGUAUUACAUCGUGGGAACCUCUCCUCACCGAGGCCACAGGACCAGCCAGCCCAUUCCCCUCCACUUCAGCCGUGGCCACAUACCCCAUGGGACCCUCCCUGAGACUGAUGGAGGGCUAUGGACCCCGUGCUGAAGGCCAUCAAGGAAGGGGAUGAAGAAGCCUUGAAGGCCAUGAUCCAGGAUGGGAAGAAUCUUGCAGAGCCCAACAAGGAGGGCUGGCUGCCGCUUCACGAGGCUGCCUACUAUGGCAAGCUGGGCUGCCUGAAAGUCCUGCAACGAGCUUACCCAGGGACCAUUGACCAGCGUACACUGCAGGAAGAGACAGCACUAUACCUGGCUACGUGCAGAGAACACCUGGACUGCCUCCUGUCCCUGCUCCAGGCGGGGGCAGAGCCUGACAUCUCUAACAAAUCCAGGGAGACCCCACUUUACAAAGCCUGUGAGCGCAAGAACGCGGAGGCCGUGAGGAUAUUGGUGCAAUACAAUGCAGACGCCAACCACCGCUGCAACAGGGGCUGGACGGCCCUGCAUGAGUCUGUCUCACGCAAUGACCUGGAGGUCAUGGAGAUCCUAGUGAGCGGCGGGGCCAAGGUGGAAGCCAAGAACGUCUACAGCAUUACCCCCUUGUUUGUGGCUGCCCAGAGCGGGCAGCUGGAGGCCCUGAGGUUCCUGGCCAAGCAUGGUGCAGACAUCAACACGCAGGCCAGCGACAGCGCGUCCGCCCUCUACGAGGCCUGCAAGAACGAGCAUGAAGACGUGGUGGAGUUUCUUCUCUCGCAGGGCGCCGACGCUAACAAAGCCAACAAGGACGGCUUGCUUCCACUGCACGUUGCCUCCAAGAAGGGCAAUUAUAGAAUAGUGCAGAUGCUGUUGCCUGUGACCAGCCGCACGCGCGUGCGCCGUAGCGGCAUCAGCCCGCUGCACCUGGCGGCCGAGCGCAACCACGACGCGGUGCUGGAGGCGCUGCUGGCCGCGCGCUUCGACGUGAACACGCCUCUGGCUCCCGAGCGCGCGCGCCUCUACGAGGACCGCCGCACUUCAGCGCUCUACUUCGCCGUGGUCAACAACAAUGUGUACGCCACGGAGUUGUUGCUGCUGGCGGGCGCCGACCCCAACCGCGACGUCAUCAGCCCCCUGCUCGUGGCCAUCCGCCACGGCUGCCUGCGCACCAUGCAGCUGCUGUUGGACCAUGGUGCAAACAUCGACGCCUACAUCGCCACUCACCCCACUGCCUUCCCGGCCACCAUCAUGUUUGCCAUGAAGUGCCUUUCGUUACUCAAGUUCCUCAUGGACCUCGGUUGCGAUGGCGAGCCCUGCUUUUCCUGCCUGUAUGGCAACGGGCCACACCCACCUGCCCCACGAUCCGGCCGCUUCAACGACGCGCCCGUGGACGACAAGGCACCCAGCGUGGUGCAGUUCUGUGAGUUCCUGUCGGCCCCGGAAGUGAGCCGCUGGGCGGGACCCAUCAUCGAUGUCCUUCUGGACUAUGUCGGCAACGUGCAGCUGUGCUCCCGGCUGAAGGAGCACAUCGACAGCUUUGAGGACUGGGCUGUCAUCAAGGAGAAGGCAGGUAGGGCUGUGACUGCUGCUACCAGCAUAUCUUCUGCCCCACAGAGACCCAGACCUCAGGCAGUGCGACCCGUACCUGCACAGGCUGUGCGUGGCCGUGCUACGCAGUAUUCUCGCAAUGUGUUGAUCCUUCCCCUGGGAUGGUAGCCACAGGGCCUCAGAGAGAUCAUGUCAUCUGGGCCACAGUCGUGUAGCUAGGAGGUUGCAGGCUGGGUACCACCCAGGUCUGAUCGCAUGUUAGUCCCUACAUCAAUUGGUUUGACGUAAUCCUGGCAUCCCGAAGGAACUCUGGAUCAACUGCCUGCAUUUUGGGGUUGCUGACAUAUGGGGGCACCUGAGGAGUGGAACGGCAGGCGGAGGAGUGGAGGGUGACCUAGGGUAUUUGCCACUGAGGAAUGCUCAUGAAGCACCCAGAUCUCACCCAGAGGACAGCUCCUGACUCCACAGGGCCACGCAGAUCUGGAGUCUGUGUCCCCACCGGAGCAGCCCAAGCCCUUGUAGCCUUUGUAGGGACACUCAAGGUGGCUGUGAGGAUGGACUGUCACCCCUGAACAGAGGAAGAAGGCAGGCUCACCACCCAAACCCUUCCAGCCCUCGGAAGGUGAAGCCUAGCUAGCUUGAGCCCUAACUACUACAGGAUCUUCCCCUGGCAGGGAUCAGGGUGAACAGUUCUCAGUUGAUGCCUUUGACUAAGUUAGUGGGCAGCAGCAGGGGACGGUUGUUGUCUGUGUACCACCCACUCCGGCACUGCUCUAUUCUUCACUAACAGAUCAGUCAUUGGCUGCUGCUACCACGGUCCCUGGCCACUAGAGGGUGGAGAAGUCCACGCCCAAAUGUGGGCCCCACCGUUCUGUCUUUGCUCCUGCUCUUUUUAGAAAGGGGUCACCUCUCACAAGUAGACUCCCUCCCAAGGACAGAGAACUGUAGUAAGUACUUGUGAACAGAUGAUACACCGUUCUGAAGCCUGCCUUGAUUACUUUAAGGCAGAGGUUUUCAAGCUUCCUCAUGCUGCGACCCUUCAAUACAGUUCCUCAUGUCGGGGUGACCCCCCACCCAUAAACUUAUUUGUACAGCUACUUCCUAGCUUUGGUUUUGCUGCUGUUAGGAAUCAACCCACAGGUUGAGAACUGCUUUAAAGUCACCCUCCUCUGGCCAGCUCCCCAGCUUCUAGGUGCUCAGAAGAUGACAUUAUCAUUCCGGGGAGAAAGCAGGCUAGCCAGUCCCCAGGUUCUCUGUGUCUUGUGCCACAUAGCAGUGGUCUUUACUUCCCUCCCCUCAGUAAAGGGCCUUCCUGGAGCAAGGCUGAGGCCUCCUGCCCUGAGUGGCAGGGACAGAAACACCAGGGUUGUGGGUGUGCGAUUGGGGGUGUGGUCUCCUGUGCUCUCCUGUGGGUAUGGGAUUGGGGAUGUGGCCUCCUCUGCUCUCCUGUGGAUGUGGGAUUGGAGGUGUGGCCUCCUCUGCUCUCCUGUGGGUGUGGGACUAGGGGUAUGGUCUCCUCUGCUCUCCUGUGAGUGUGUGAUUGGGGGUGUGGCCUUCUCUGCUCUCCUGUGGCUGUAGGAUUGGGUGUGUGGUCUCCUCUGCUCUCCACUCUAUUUUGCUUUCCUCUCACUUCCUUGCCAGUGGCCUCUUUUUUUUUUUUUUUUUUUUUUGGUUCUUUUUUUUCGGAGCUGGGGACCGAACCCAGGGCCUUGCGCUUCCUAGGUAAGCGCUCUAACCACUGAGCUAAAUCCCCAGCCCCGCCAGUGGCCUCUUAAGCUAGGCAGGCACUUGCCAUCUUCCUCACUGGGAAUGCAUUGGCCUCAGUCCCUCACCAGGAACAUUCCUCAUGGCUCCUCUCUACAUCCUCCAGAUGGCCCCUCUGCAUCUGUGGUCCAGCAUGUGUUUUUUGAAUGGACUGAUGGAUGGACGGAUGGACAGAUGGAUAGAUGUGUAAAUGAAUGGCAGCAUGUUUUAGUUUGACAAACUACUUCCUGUGCCCAAAUAAAUUACCCUAUUUCCGAA